AUGGCUGUACACAAAGAAGUUAGUUUCCUUGCUCACCUACUACUUGUUCUUGGAAUGUUUCUACUUAAAUGUACCAAAGAAUGCGGCAAUUUUGCCUAUGGAAUAUGCCCACGUUCAGAAGGGAGCCCAAAAAAUCCCAUAUGCACCAACUGUUGUGCAGGCUACAAGGGUUGCCACUAUUACAGUGCUGACGGAACUUUUAUUUGUGAAGGAAAAUCUGACCCCAAAAAGCUAAACGCUUGUCCCUUCAAUUGUGAUCCAAAAAUUGCCUAUUCAAAGUGUCCCCUUCCAGAAGGAAAGACGAUAAUUAAACCUACCGGAUGCACCACCUGUUGCACGGGCUACAAGGGUUGCUACUAUUUUGGUCAUGACGGCAAGUUUGCCUGUGAAGGAGAAAGUAUUGAAUCCAAGGCUUGUACUCUGGAAUGUGACCCUAAAGUUGCUUACAUGACUUGCCCAUCUAAUAAAUUGACCAAGCUUACUAAAAUUUGCACCAAUUGUUGUACCGCAAAAGCGGGUUGCAAACUUUAUGGUCAUGAUGGAUCUUUACUUUGUACUGGGAAUCUUAAAAAUCAUUAA